UCAGCACACUCGCCAGACCAAACGGCGAGUAUAACGGAAGAACAGACGUAGGACUAGCAUAUAUCGUGAGACGCACGGCGCAUGGGUCGCCGCGCCGCCGGCGUUGUCCCGGCGCCGCGCCGUGACCGUCCAGCCAUUGACGUUGGAGGUAGCGGAGCAGGUGUGGCUCGCUCCCGUCGAUAGAUCAGGUUCACACCGAACCCUCGAUGGUUUUAAAAAUCUCUCGCCGGAUCCACGCCAACUGAACCUCGCAACCGCCAGCGUUUUUAUACCCGCCGUCGCCUUCCACUCUUCCACCCUCGGCCAAAGACAUCAGCCACACUUCGCAGGAGCUGCCGCCGCCAUGGGCAACCUGGUGUCGGCGAGCGCGGGCGGCGGCAAGAUCGUGCUGCCGGACGGGAGCGUCCGGGCUUUGGGCGAGGCCGUGUCCGUGGCCGAGCUCAUGGUGGAGCACCCGCGCCACUUCGUCGUGGACGCGCGCCUCGCGGCGGCCGGCGCCGCCAAGGUCGCCGCGCUGCCGGCCGACCACCUGCUGGACGGUGCCGGGGUGUACGUCGUGCUCCCGGCCACCCGGGGCAGGGUCUCCGCCGACGAGGCCCGGCGAGCGCUCACGGCGUCGCGGCUGCUUGCGCGGUGCCGGUCGAUGCCGGUCAGCGCACAGGAGCAGCGGGACGAGGCGGCGCCGUUGCUGGGCGGGCCCGGUGGCCACCAGCCGGAGUUCCUGAGCCAGGAGCUGACGCGCAGCGGGCCUUGGAAGCCCAGCUUGAAGACGAUCGAAGAGCGCGUGCUGCCGAGGAAGGUGCCCCACUGGCUCUUCUGA